AGUCGCCACUCGGGGCACGGACAAAGUGCGCCCGUCCGGCCUCACCUGACAGCUCCCUGCUCUGCCCUGCGGCUGCAGACGCGCUACCACUGAGUGCAGUGUCGGCUUCAGCGGACCAGACCGGGUGAUCACCAAUACUCAGCCAUGGCGACCACCGUACAGCUCAACAGCGGCCACAAAAUGCCGCUGCUCGGCCUCGGCUGCUGGCGGGCCGUCGGAGACGAGAUCUCCACCGCCGUGGAGACCGCCCUGCUGGCCGGGUACCGGCACAUCGACACCGCUGAGCUCUACCACAACGAGGCCGACGUAGGACGCGGCAUCAAGGCCGCCAUCGCCACCGGCAAGCUCACCAGGAGCGACCUGUUCGUGGUGACCAAGCUGCCGAGCGUGGCGAUGCGGCCCGAGCGCGUGGAGCCGAGCCUGCGCCGCUCGCUGGCCGCGCUCGGGCUGGACUCGGUGGAUCUGUACCUGGUACACAGCCCGGUGGGGGCGCUGGAGCGCAGCGAGCUGACCUCCCCGCCACCAGAGGACGGACGGAUGCCGCUCCAUCACGGCACUGACCUGAUCGCCGUCUGGAAGGAAAUGGAACGCAUGGUCUCCCUGCGCUUGGCAAAGUCCAUCGGCGUGUCCAACUACAACGAGAGGCAGCUGCUGAAGACAGUGGCGAUUGCUACCAUCCCACCGGCCGUGCUGCAGGUCGAGUGUCACGUCUACUUUCAGCAGCUGAAGAUGCGCGAGGUCUGCAAGAAGCACAACAUCGCCAUCACGGCCUAUGCGCCUCUGGCCUCUCCCGGCAGGAAGGUGCUCUAUGAAAAGCGCGGCGUCAAGAUCGAGCUGCCCGACCUGCUCAACAAUCCCGUGGUACGUCUGGUGGCCGAGAAACACAAACGGACGGCGGCCCAGGUGCUGCUCAGGUUCCUGGUCCAGCAGGACAUCAUCGUCAUCCCCAAGUCAACCAACGCUGGUCGCAUCAAAGAGAACGGCGACCUAUUCAGCUUCAAGCUGGAUGAGGUGGACAUGGGGGCUCUGCGCCUGUUGGACCAGGGAGAGGCCGGCAGAAGCUUCAAGUUUUACGAUAGUUUUCCGGGAGUUGACGAGCAUCCCGAAUUUCCAUUCCCGGUUAAGUCAACGGCGUGACUGUCAAAAGGAGAAGUUGUAAAGUUUAUGUUCAUUUUAGCGAUAUCUGUCGUGCAAUUCCACUUGAGUAUUGCGCACAUCGGAGUGUGCGCAUGGAAGUUUUCUGUUAAAUUGUGAAUGUCCAAUACAAUAUACGCUCCCUAAUCCCUA